UCAUCUUCCUCCUCUUUCCCACUCGAUUGGAUCUCUUCUCAUUGCUUCUCUCUGUUGAUAUACUUCGAGGUCCGUCCUUUAUUUAAAACCCUUUUCCUUUUCUCUGUUACAAUCUUUGCUUGUGUUAUUCAACUUGUUGAAUUGGGACGAAGGAUGUCUUACGCUUACCUUUUCAAGUACAUCAUCAUCGGAGACACCGGAGUUGGGAAGUCAUGCCUACUUCUGCAAUUCACUGACAAGAGGUUUCAGCCUGUGCAUGAUUUGACUAUUGGUGUUGAAUUUGGGGCUAGAAUGAUUACAAUUGAUAACAAACCCAUCAAGUUGCAGAUUUGGGAUACGGCAGGCCAAGAAUCCUUCAGAUCCAUUACAAGAUCCUAUUACAGAGGAGCUGCAGGCGCACUAUUAGUCUAUGAUAUCACCAGGAGGGAGACUUUUAAUCAUUUGGCAGGCUGGCUGGAGGAUGCAAGGCAACAUGCUAAUGCUAACAUGACAAUCAUGCUCGUCGGUAACAAGUCUGACCUGGCACAUAGAAGAGCUGUCAGCAUUGAGGAAGGGGAGCAGUUUGCAAAAGAGCAUGGGUUGAUAUUUAUGGAAGCAUCAGCUAAAACUGCUCAAAAUAUUGAGGAGGCUUUCAUUAACACCGCAGCAACAAUUUAUAAGAAGAUUCAGGAUGGAGUCUUUGAUGUAUCGAAUGAGUCAUACGGAAUCAAGGUCGGGUAUGGUGGAGUCCAAGGCACAGCCGGAGGGAGAGAUGUUUCUGUGAGUGGGGGCCACUUGUGCGUGUGAGGUGUUCUCGUGAACACUCAAAGACUCCCGUGAAUGAUGAGCCAGCGAAAAAGCCAGCAGACAAAAAUCACUAAGCUCAUGCGGAAACCCACAGGCCCACCCGAUUUUCAACUGUAUAAAUAUCAAUGUGCAGUUCCCUAGGGUUUUUUGGAGCAAGGACGUGUGCAGAGAGCUGGGGCUGAUUUUUGAGCGGCUGAUUUGGUGCAGGACUUCUUUGCUAGCGGCUACGAAAGAAAGCAAAGUUUUUUUUUUAAAAGGCUUUGAAGCGGUGGCAGAGAGGGCACGGAUUUUUCAGCGGCUGAUUUAUGAUGUGCUUGGGUUUUGUAUCUCCCCAUUUGAGAGAGUAUUUGUGUGAGGGAUCUGAGAGUUUGUGAGAGGGUUUAGAUUGUGAGAUU